AUGCAGCCGAUGCAGCAGCAAGAUCCGCAGCAGCAGACGCAGCAGCGGGGGCCGCCGUCACCCACGGCGUCCCCGUCUUCGUCGCUGUCCGAGCAGCCGAGGACCACCCUCCUCUCCAGCCUCGCCCAGCGGCUGGAGUCCGCCAGCUUUGCGGCGCGGCGGCGCGGGCCCGGCGGGGACGGCAGCCAUAGCGGCAGCGGCGGCGCAUCCGCUCUCAGCAGCGUCGAUGCUGAGGAGGCCACAGCGGCGGCGGCGGCCGCGGCGCGGGAUGCGUUCCAGGCGGGCACGCUCGGCGUCGGCUUCUCGGCAGGCGGCCUGCUCUUUCCCUACUUUGCGGGCGUGGUGGACGAGCUGACGUCACUCGGCGUCAUCGGGGAGACCACGAAGCUCGCCGGGGCCUCGGCCGGAUCCCUCAUCGUCGCCUGCGCGCGCAGUGGCCUGCCCAUGGCCACAAUUCUUGACGCGUGCUACGCCCUGGCGGACGACUGCCGCGCCAACGGGACACGCUUCAGGCUGGGCCCCGUGCUGGAGAGCGUCUUGCGCGCCCUGCUGCCGCCCGACGUCGCCGCCAGCGUCAGCGGCCGCACCUACGUUGCGGUCACGCGCGUGCUGCCGCGCGGCGGCCCCGUCCUGCAGCCGCAGCUGGUCAGCCAGUUCCGCGACAAGGAGGACCUCAUAGCCGCGCUGAUGACGUCAUGCCACAUCCCCAUCUACAUGAACGGCAGGCUGACCAACCAGUUCCGCGGCGCCAUUCACUUUGACGGAGGUGGGGAGCGCGGGCGAAGAUGA